AAACCCCACUUGAUGGCCGAAGACGAGCCUGUGCGGCCUGAAGCUGCUGGCAUUGACGAGACCGCGCCGGCAGGGGUGCAGAGCGUGCUCCUGGAGCGCGGCUGGGACAGAUUCCACAAAGGGGAGCAAGACGUGGAGGACUGGGACCUGCACUGGAGGCUGCCCACCUUCCGGAUGGCCCGGCACCUGAAGCACAUGUGGAGGGUGUACGGCUCGCGCCUCUACGAGUUCCUGCUGCUGACGUGCGUCGUGCCCGAUGACUACGGCAAGUUCAUGGCCGAGAACUUCAAGGAGAGCCGUGCAGGGCAGGGCGCCCCUCACAGCUACGGGAUCUGCAAGUCUGCAGAGCUGUCCCGUGGGAGGGGAAUCAUAAUUUUCAGGGACAUUAAGGACUUUGCUUUUGACAACACAUGCGUGGUACAGAAAUACAUCUGCAACUCCUGCUGGUGGGCAGGUCACAUCUGCGUCCCCGGCUUUAAGCCUUUGACGAUCUACAUUUAUCGGGAAGGGCUAGUGCGCUUUGCCAAGGAAAAGUUUGACCUCGGUAACCUGUAGAACGAUUAUGCCCAUUUGACCAACAGCAGAGUCAACAAACCUGGGGCUUGCAAUGAAGCUACUUUUGGGGCGUCUAGGAAUGCAUUAAAUAUCAAAAGACGAAUCCAAGAGCUCCAGAAAAUAACGAAUAAGCAACUUUCCCAAAUGGGAGAAAAGAAAACAGAGAGAAGGUGA